UGUGGGGACCCAGCUGCCCCUAUGGUCUCUCAAGCUGGGCCCAGCGGCCCUCCUCUCUGCCUUUCUGCUCCGGACUCAUGUCCAAUCGGGCCCAGCGGCCCUCCUCCCUGCCUAUCUGCUCCAGACUCACGUCCAAUUGGGCCCAGCGGUCCUUCUACCUGUCCCUGUCUAUCCACCCGGGACUCAUGUCCAAUUAGGCCCAGUGGCCCUCUUACCUGCCUGUCCACCUUGGACCCAUGUCCAGUUGGGCCCAGUGACCCACCUCCUCACCAGUCUGCUCAAGACCCCUGUCCAGCAGUGCCCAGUGGCCCUCCCUGCCUGUCCGCCCCGGACCCAUGUCCAGUUGGACCUAGAGGCAAUCCUCCCUGCCUGUCCACCCCUGACCCAUGUCCAAUUGGGCCUAGAGGCCCUCCUCCCUGCCUGGUCUCCCCUGCCCUGUGCCCACCAUGCACCAUGGCACCCAUGGAUGUACUUCUGACCCGGCAGCCCGCCCCACAGACCGUGCCAGCCACCCAGCUGCCCCCCAAGCUCUACGAGGUGGCCCGAAACACGGGCGCAUACACCUCCUCAGGCCUGGCCACAGCCGGUUUCCGCACCGCCAAGUACCUGGUGGAUGAGUGGUUCCAGAACUGCUACGCCCGCUACCACCAGGCCUUCGCCGACCGCGACUACUCGGAGCGCGUGCGCCACGAGAGCCAGCAGCUGGCAGCGGAGACGGAGACGCUGGCGCGGCGCACGCAGGGCGACUCCACACGCAAGGUGGGCGCAAGGCUGCAGGAUAUGCACGGCUGGAAGUCAGAGCUGCAGCGGCUGCUGGAGGAGCUGGUGACCGAGACCAACCUACUGCUGGCCCAGAAGCGGCGACUGGAGCGCGCCCUGGAUGCCACCGCCGUGCCUUUCUCUAUCGUUACCGACAACCUGCAGAGCCGUGAGCGUCGCCAGCACCCUGACCUCGUGCGUGACUGCGUGGAGAUAGAGCUGCUGAAGGAGGCCGAGCUCAUACGCAACAUCCAGGAGCUGCUGAGAAGAACCAUCAUGCAAGCCGUGAACCAGAUCCGGCUGAACCGCCAUCACAAGGAGUCUUGCGAGAUGGACUGGUCAGACAAGGUGGAAGCCUACAACAUCGACGAGGCCUGCGCCCACUACAACAACCAGAGCACCGAGGUGCAGUUUUACCCGCACUCUGCCAGCCUCCAGGAGAGCGCUUCCACGCCCGAGACAUGGGCCAAGUUCACACAGGAUAACCUGCUCCGGGCUGAGCGCGAGCGCCUGGCCUCGGUCAACCUGCGGGCGCUGGUGGACUGCAUCCUGCAGGACACCUCCGAGGACCUUCGGUUGCAGUGCGACACCGUGAACCUGGCCUUCGAGCGUCGCUGCGAGGAGCUGGAGGACGCGCUCCACAAACUGGAGCACCACCUGCGCAAGACACUACGGGAGAUCACGGACCAGGAGCACAACGUGGCGGCGCUGAAGCAGGCCAUCAAGGACAAAGAAGCGCCUCUGAAAGUGGCACAGACCCGCCUGUACCAGCGCUCGCACCGGCCCAACGUGGAGCUGUGCCGGGACGCCGCCCAGUUCAGGCUCGUGAGCGAGGUGCAGGAGCUGAACCUGUCCCUGGCAGCGCUGCGGGAGAAGCUUCUGGAAGCGGAGCAAUCUCUUCGGAACCUGGAGGACAGUCGGAUGAGCCUGGAGAAGGAAAUCGCCGUGAAGACCAACAGCCUGCUGAUCGACCGGCAGAAAUGCAUGGCCCGCCGUGCCCGCUACCCUACCAUCCUGCAGCUGGCCGGCUAUCAAUGAUGCCCCCCUUCCCCAAGCAGUGGGCCCAAUAAAUACAUGCUCUCAACA